AUGGUAGUCCAACUACUCCAUGAGGUAGUUGGUACUGCUAUCGUGGUUCUUCUAUACUCCCUCCUUUGUUUAGCAGCUAGUUCUAUCAUGAUAUGGCUGGUAUGGGCACAUCACGAGAGGGAUAGCUAUGUCGCACUACUUUCAUAUUUUACGCUCUUAGGAACUAUUGCUAGCAUUAUUCAGCAAUUCCAUACAUUCAUAUGGUGGAGGGAUGUCAAAGUUGAACAGUACAAAUACGCCGUUGCGCAUCUCGGCAGCCCUGAGAUUGCUAUCGCAGGACCGUCCGUUGGGCUGGACCUUGUCCUCUUCUAUAUACGUGAGUACCAGUCCCCCGAAAUGAUGACCAAGGUAUCGCUAAUUGCAGAGCAAGAAUACUAUACAUAUAAUGCAGAAGCAAUAUUCACGCUUUUCUGGGCCAUCGCGCUUACGCGAACCGUCUUCAAAUUUACAAAUUUGAUGACCUUUAGACGUAUCAAAUAUAGAACGAGUCAACUGGCCAAAGUCGUGGCAGUCAUCUUCCCCGGAAUUCUAUUGUGCCUCCUACGGUUGAAUAGUGUCCAAAGUUCUCAUAUGGGAUUCUUAAUACUUGCCAAUUUCAAUAUAAUGAUCAGCCUAUCUAUUGGCAGUAUUCUGUUAAUAGCAAUCCUUAUUAAAUAUAUUUACACUCGACGUCGACUUGUUUCGUGGAACGCCCAAUACUUAUUUUCAAGGCGGUCACAAGAGCCGGGCGGAGAAAUUAUUAACGUUCUGGAUCAGGGAGAUGGUCGUCAGAGCAUAUACGAUCGCUGGCUAGUAUUACGAUUCUCUAUCGCGUUUGCAGUCUUAGGGGUCUUUCAGUUGGUCACAAUUCUCUUAGAGGUGUCACAAUUGUCGAACCACACAAUGGAGAAACUAGGCGAAUCCGCGAAUCUAUCGAAGGAGAGGGCUAAAAAUGAUUUCCUGCUAUUUAUGCCGGGUGUAUCAACAAGUUUACUUGUAUUCGUCGUUUUUGGGACAACACGAACAUUUCGAAAAGCAAUAUAUAAGACAUUCGUCCCGAAGAGGUUUCAAAAAAAGCCAACCGAGGCAGCCCCCGUAACGACUAUAAUACCUGACGAAGACGUUCAUGCCAACGAAGAAUAUGGGGCGAGCUUUUACGAUGCAAAAGGGCAAAUACAGCCUGACUUGGGGUCGAAUGGAGCAACGAUAGCGGCAGCCGAUACAAGCCAGCCUCUGGCGUCUAUAGAUUUGGCUAGAGGAUGUGAAUUAAGAUAG